CCCUAGUUUCCUCGGCUGGCAUGAUGACCGCAGUUCGGUGUGGCUGCGUGUUUGUGUUUGCAAAAGGCUAAGAACUUGACUUCUCAGCGCUUGCCCAAGCCUUUCCAAGCUGUUCCCACCAGAUCCUCUCGUAAUUGUGGUUUAAUCAUCCUGGCGAAUGUGCAGCAAUUUUGCAACUAGUCGGAGCGCUGCAAGGGCUUUGAUCUUGGGCUGCGGAGGAAGUGCCAGGCGGGUUUGGCACGAUGACUUGUCAUACGGGGCUUUAGCAGCGUGGCAGAAGUUGAUUGUUCUCAAGUUGCCUUUCCCCUUCCCCCUCCACUUCUGGGAUAUCUGAGCUGGCUUCUCUUCCCUGGGUGUUCCUUUUCUUCUCCCACUUGCUGCGGAAGGGAUCAGUCUACCAUGGGCGGUGACAAACUUCCACACAAAGUGAUGGAUCCCAAGAAACUUGCCAGCCUUUUGAAGAAUGGGACCGAAGGAAUGUUGGUCAUUGACAGCCGCUCCUUUGUGGAGUACAACUCCUGGCAUGUUCUCAACUCUGUCAACAUCUGCUGUUCGAAGUUGGUCAAAAGAAGGCUUCAGCAAGACAAGGUAUCCAUCACAGAGCUCAUCCAGCCAGCCUCCAGUAUAAAGGUGGAGGCAGAGAAACAUCAAGAUGUUGUGGUCUAUGAUCAGAGCACAAGGGACGUAAAUGGGCUGGCAACCGACAGUUUCCUAUCCAUUCUUCUGGGCAAGCUGGAUAGUUGCUUCCACAGUGUCUCCAUCCUCACAGGGGGCUUUGCCACCUUCUCGUCUUGUUUCCCAGGACUCUGUGAAGGAAAGCCAACUGCCAUCCUGCCAAUGAGUAUCUCUCAGCCAUGCUUGCCAGUGGCCAAUGUUGGCCCAACACGCAUCUUGCCUCAUCUCUAUCUUGGUUCCCAGAAAGAUGUCUUAAAUAAGGAUCUCAUGACCCAGAAUGGAAUCAGCUAUGUUCUCAAUGCCAGCAAUUCAUGUCCCAAGCCAGAUUUCAUCUGUGACAGUCACUUCAUGCGCAUUCCAGUCAAUGACAAUUACUGUGAGAAACUGCUUCCUUGGCUGGAUAAAUCGAUUGAGUUCAUCGAUAAGGCCAAGGUUUCUAGCUGCCAGGUGAUUGUGCAUUGCUUGGCAGGGAUUUCCCGAUCGGCCACCAUUGCCAUUGCAUACAUCAUGAAGACCAUGGGCAUGUCUUCAGAUGAUGCCUACAGGUUUGUCAAAGACAGACGUCCCUCCAUAUCACCCAAUUUCAACUUCUUAGGUCAACUCCUAGAGUAUGAGAGAAGUUUGAAGCUACUCAAGGCUUUGAAGGCCCAAGGAGAGAAAGGGGAAGUGGAACCCCAGCAAGAAUACUUCGAGACUUGUGAAGGUAACAGACCCCAGACUCUGUCUCUCUCGGAAAAGACUGAGGAGAUAUUAAAAAGCACAAUCAUGGAAACAUCCUCCAUUGACUCAGAGCGAUCACUAGGAAUUUCAAAGGUUGUCUCACCGAUGGCAUUGCAGCAAGGACUCAAUGGGCUGCAUUUAUCUUCUGAUCGCAUCCAAGACACCAACCGACUAAAGCGGUCUUUUUCUCUAGACAUCAAGUCAGCCUACUGUCCUACCCAAAGGCAGGAGAUCCCGGUUCCUACUGAAGUAGGGGAAACUCCCAAGCUUUGUAAGUUGGACAGCCCUUCAAGUCCCAAUGGUACGUGUCAGUUCUCUCCCCUUCCAGAUGGUUCUGACUGGCCCAGCGGACCCGACUUCAUUCUAGAGGCCAAAGUACGACAACGGCGGAAGCACAGACACCAAGCUGGCUCCCCUGCCCAUGGUCUGAGCCUUAAUUUCAGUGGGAUGUGUGCCAUGCACAAAAGCACCAGCAUGGAGGACAAUCUCAAGCAGACCCUUCGGCUGAGCCUUCCCAAUGUAGGGCAGCAGAUGGCCCAGCCAGCCACCACCCCCUCCAAUGCUGGCACUUGGGGGAUGCACGUGGAAUCCCUGAGCACGCCUUCUUCGGAGAACUCCUGGUACUUCGGCACAGACUCGGCAGCGGGCGGCGGGGGUGGGACUCUCUUUGCCAGCACCACCACCUACUCCUCAUUCAGCUGCAGCACAAUCCAGGCAAGCUGUGAGAUCAGACUGAGGGACAAGCAACGAGGGGAGCAGCGAGAGGUGCGGCAUAGCUGGCACGAGGACACCAUGCCUGAGAAGCAAUUCAAAAGGAGGAGCUGCCAAAUGGAAUUUGAAGAAACCUUGUCAGAAAGCAGAUCCCGGGAAGACCUGGGCAAAAUUAGCAAACAGUCUAGCUUUUCAGGCAGCAUGGAGAUCAUAGAGGUUUCCUGAAUUUCACUGUAUGAGAUUUGAGAGCAAGUGUGGGUGCAUCUGGGGGUGUGGGAGGGAGAAAGGAGAGGUAGGGACGAGGAGGAAGUUGGGCAACAUAUUUAACAGAGGAGAAGGAGGAUGUGGGUGUAGGAGCAUUUUUUUUCAAUGCCCGUGUGCAUUUUCAAAGGGCAUAUCCGCUAAAACGAAGGCAAAGCUAAAGGAAUCUGAAGUCAAGAAACAUAACGGUGCAUGCUUAGUGCCUCCUUUGGUUCCUACCUCCACCACCAUGACAAACCACAGUCACAUUCCCUUUCUUGGGUAGGUGGAGAGUAUAUUAACUCUUUAAAUAGUGGGUUCUUUCCUUUUGCAUGCAAAGGGUGCUUUCUCUUCCCUUUCAGAGGGAACGGGAGAGCUGAUGCAUGUGUCCUACAAUGGGGUUGAAAGAGAAACUAAGGCGAAAUUGAAGCUCGGGAGGGGUGAAAGUUUUCUUGGAGGAAAAUGGUUGCUCUUCAAUCCGCAGAUUUUCAGUUAAAGAGUUAAAGGGAAGCAGGUUCUUUUCUUUGAAGAGUGUAUUAUUACUAAUUAUAAUGAGUACAUUCCUAUCUAACUUAUAGGAAGUAAUUGAGAUUUUGCCUAUCCAUUUCCAUUACAGCUGGGGCAUUUCCUUUUCUAUUCCAUCAGGAUAUUGGACAAUAUAUUGGUGGCUGAAAUUCAGGUGUAGAAACCUGGAGAGGUUUCUUUUCCGAGGCUCCCCUCUUCCUAGACUGAGCAUGGGCCUUUGUGUUUC